AUGUCAACGGAAAUAUACUUUGAUAUUAUUACAGAGACUGGUUUGCUAGGGGCACGACCUGCAGGUACUCCUAUUGAGCAGAAUCAUACUCUGGCCAAAUCAGAGUCUUCUUUCUUUUCUGAUCCUGAAAUGUAUCGUCGUCUUGUGGGUCGCUUGAUCUAUUUAUCCUUCACGAGACCUGAUUUGGCUUAUGCGGUUCAUAUCCUGUCUCAAUUUAUGCAACAACCGCGUCAGGAUCUUUGGGAGGCCGCUCUUCGUACAGUGCGUUACUUGAAAGGAUGUCCGGGCCAGGGAAUCCUUUUGAGCUCUGAUUGUGAUCUGCAUAUUACAGGUUGGUGUGACUCGGAUUGGGCUAGUUGUCCUCUCACGAGACGAUCUAGUUCUGGUUGGUUGGUGUUUCUUGGUGCUUCCCCUAUAUCCUGGAAGACUAAGAAGCAGGACACUGUGGCUAAGUCUUCCGCUGAGGCCGAAUUUCGUUCAAUGUCUAAAACCACUGAUGAGUUGAAGUGGUACAAGGCUCUCCUUCUGAGUCUAGGUGUUAUGCAUCCCCGUGCAAUGAGUUUAUUUUGUGAUAGUCAAUCCGCAUUGUAUAUUGCGCGGAUGCCGGUCUUCCAUGAGCAUACUAAACACAUUGAGGUUGAUUGCUAUUAUCUCCGUGAUGCGAUUCAGGAUGGAAUUAUCAGUCCGUCGUAUGUGAAAACGACGGAACAACUUGCGGAUAUUUUUACUAAGGCAUUGAACAAGCAACAAUUCAUGUAUUUACUGGGCAAGUUGUGCAUUUGUGAUUUGCAUGCUCCAACAUGA